AUGGACCAUAGAACAACGGAAUCGUCUGGGGCUGGCGCUGGCCAGAAUUCUCGGAAGGACGACGCCAUUAUCACUCAGGUUACCAAGGGUGUUAUGGCCAACAAGGUCUUCCUCGAGGAAGAGGGCCACUCGGAUGAGGAGAGACAGUGUGCCAUUAAAGGAGAUGCUCACUUCCAUCGCCUCGGUUGGAAACGGCUUACCGUCGUUUCCAUAGUUGAGGGCAUUGCUCUUGGGAGCCUGGGCUUACCGUAUGCAUUCGCCACUCUUGGUAUGGUUGCAGGGGUCAUCAUGACAAUCGGUAUUGGCUUUGUUGCAAUGUAUGCAAGCUACAACAUUGGCCAGGUGAAGCUCAAGUACCCAGAGAUCGCUCAUUAUGCGGAUGUCGGGAGGCUACUUCUGGGAAACCUCGGAUCAAAGCUAUUUAUAGCUAGUUUCGUUUGCCUGCUUAUAUUCGUCGUGGGAUCACACUGCUUGACCGGUGCCAUUGCCUUUAAGACCAUCACGCAAAGUGACGUAUGCUCGGUCGUCUUUAGCAUUACAUCUGCUGCAAUUUUGCUAAUACUUGCGAUUCCACCGGCAUUUGCAGAUAUCGCCAUACUAGGCUACAUUGACUUUGCCUCGAUUAUUCUAGCGAUAGGGGUUACUAUGAUUGCCACUGGGAUUCAAAAUGCAAACGGUUCUGGAGGGUUUGCAAUCGACCUUGCCGCAUGGUCUCCGUGGCCGAAGGAAGGCAUUACUUUCGCCGAGGCUAUCGUAUCCACCAACAGCAUUGUGUUUGCCUAUUCCUUCGGUGGUUGUUUACCAUCGUUCAUGGAAGAAAUGCACACCCCGGAGGACUAUGUCAAAACUCUCUGGUGGCUUGGAGGCAUUCAAAUCGUCAUUUACACUCUGACAGGCUCUCUUAUCUAUGCAUUUGUGGGGCCAGAGGUGCAGUCUCCUGCCCUACUGUCAGCGGGUCCUGUUAUCUCAAGAGUUGUAUUUGGUAUCGCGCUUCCAGUGAUCUUCAUCUCGGGCUCGAUCAACACCACCGUGGUCUGCCGGUAUAUCCACGGAAAGGUAUAUCGCAACUCCGUUGUCCGGUACAUCAACACCCCAAGAGGCUGGAUUACAUGGCUUGGGCUUGUGCUUUUCGUUACACUUCUUGCAGAGGGUGCAUGGUAUGAGAAGCGCAACUUGAAAACUGCUAUGUACAAUGGCGUGGUGUUCAUUGUUGGGAUGAUCGUCUUUGGAUGCGGCACGUACGCUAGUAUUGCUGAGCUGAUUCAUAAGUUUGAGUCAAAGUCCAUUAGCAAGCCUUUCACGUGUUCUGCCUGA